CAUGUUGAUGGACAGCCUCAUAUGUUCUUUGGCUCAGAUAGAUUCCUUCUGUUGGCUCAUUUGCUGGGUGAGUAGGCAAAUCACAGGUCCAUAAAUACCAAUAUCUAGCUCACCUGUGAGUACACCAUUCUCAUAUCUCUCAUAAUACACCUUCCCCCCUCCCCCGCCAAAUCUUGCAUUACCUUUUGUUUUGAAUUCCUUUGGCAACAGAAAUUGAAAACAAUGCUUGAUAUGCAAACUUUUGGAGGGCAUACAAGGUGUACUAUUGACUACUGACUAUUUUCAAAUCCCCCAUAAAACACUCUGUUUGGCAAAAGUUCCCUAGUGGUGAGGAGAUGGAGAGACUUGCUGUAGUUGCAGGUUAUUUGCCUCCCAAUUUUGCAUGAUAUAUUUUAUUCGAAAUCUCUUUGGAAUAUACAGUCCUCCAAGAGGCAAAAAUGAUAGUUUUUGCAAAAUUGUUGGGGGAGAGGCAAACAGGUUGUAUUAUGGAGGAUUUGGGGAUAAAUGAUUGAAAGGUCAUGUGGCAAGAUAUCCCAGGUACCUAAAGGUCACGGACGUCAGAAGCAAUAAAGAUUCUAUAUUUUAACCCCGCAUGAAGAGGUCAACCUUUAGGAAACGUCUGUUAAUAGUAACGUAAAGUUUAAUUAUAACUUAAACAUUCAAGAAACUUUACUAGUUUCAAGAAGACCUCCCAAGCUUCACGUAAUUUUCAAGGAACGUUGAAUCAGCAACUCUAGUACUGAAUCUGAGGGCAAUUUAAAUCUCCUCAGGAGUUCUGAACUCUCUUUUUCAAAAAACCUCUUCUCGUGGGUUUUCUCGAACUUUGAAGAUGACAGUUUCAUUUCUUUUCACUCCGGCUUUCUGGAUUUUAUUUUCACAGGAGUGAAGUGGGAAGGACCUCUAACAGCAAAAUCACAACUGUAGAAAUGUGUUCAAGAGAUUUUUUACUUACAUUACAUUAUUAUUUUUUUUUUUACAUCGUGUUGCACUGCAGUUAGCACUACGACCAGUUCUAAACUGGGAACCGAAACACAAAAGGGAACCUACUAUGGCUGAUACUUCUUUAAACUGAUAAAUUGUUGACUCGUUUGCUUGUCUGACUCGCAGUUAAUACAAAGGUCGUGUUCCGUGUUAUACGACGGCGACGGCAAUGGCAACGCCAAAAAAAAGCAAUUGGUUUGUUAAGCAAAACAACAACUUUGCACGUGCAGCACACUUUUUUGUACAUUUCUCUACCGUGACUACACGACUACGACGUGAAAAUGCCUGAUUUCACACUUUAUUGAGGACGUAAACAAGCAACGACGAAUUUUUCUUUCUCUUUCUUAACUUGAGUGUGGUCCCCAAGAAACGACUUUGGGGACAUUCGCCGCCUACAUUUGACAUUUUCAGCUGAUUUGAAUAAACGCGACAACGUUUGGAAAACGCAAAUACCUUUUCAAAGUGACGUUUCAUCUGCCGUCGCCGUCGUCGAUGAUAAAGCUCCUUAUUUAAUAGAUCAGUCGGUAAGGUUCUUAACCAGCCACGACGACGAAUUUCAGCACCCUUGUACUGCAUCAUUUAGGCACAAGCCAUGUGGUACACAAGACUUACCGUAGGCACUGUAUCAAGCAGCAAUUAAUAUUGCAUGUUGGCACUCCUGGUUGCUGGAUGCUAGUCCAUCGCAGGCUUACCCUUGGCAGUUUGUCCCCCGUAACUAUUUAUAUACCUGGUU